GCGCAGAGAGACGCGCAGAAGAGUAGAGAGGAGCGGACCAGAGAGGCUCACACUUCACCACUCCAGCAGGGAGAGGAGAGGCACGCUCUGUUCCGUGCUCCGUGUUCCGUGCUCCGGGUUCCGUGUUCCGUGUUCCGUGUUCCGUGCUCCGUGUUCUGCAGGCUACAGCUGGACAUGAGCUUGUCUGGUGGGGUGGCGGCUCAGCUCAGUGGCACGCUGCUCGGACCUCUGUAGUGUGUGAGUGUGUGUGUGUGUGUGUGUGUGUGUGUGUGUGUGUGUGUGUGUGUGUCCGCUGCCUCAGACAUGGACCCCCAGCUCGGCGGUCCUGUGACGGUCUGGCGUCGACCCGAAGAGGAUGUCCUGCAUGGGGCCCACACCGGGAGCCCCGGGGCCGUGUGAGCGUGAGCGCGAGUGUGUGUGUGUGUGUGUGAGCGCGCGCGUGUGUGAGCGCGGCGGGGGACGCAGGACGCACAUCAGAAGCCACAUGAGGGAAGUGAUGGAGCAGCUGGAGUACGUGCUCACAGAGCUCAAGGAUGUGGCCCGGGAACUGCAGGAGGUGGUGGGUCAGAUCGACAAGCUGACCGGCGACAUGCCCCUGGACGCUGACACGGACCAGUCCACUGUGGCCAGCAGCUCCUGCAGCAGUGAGAGAGGGCCUUCAGACACACACAACCACACACACUCUCACACACACACACUCCAGAGCCAGCUCUCCCAGGACACACUGUCUGACUCCUGCAGCUUGGGAACUGUGUCAGAGAACCCCUCCCUUAGUUCCAGAACAGAGAACCCCCUCCUUAGUUCCAGAACAGAGAACCCCCUCCUUAGUUCCAGAACAGAGACCCCCCCCCUUAGUUCCAGAACAGAGAACCCCCUCCUUAGUUCCAGAACAGAGAACCCUCUCCUUAGUUCCAGAACAGAGAACCCUCUCCUUAGUUCCAGAACAGAACUCAGGCGCAGUCAGCCUCAACCGGUUCCCUCUGGUGCUGCUCAGGUGAAUGACAGGAACUGUUUCCCUUCAUACAGUCCAAAGAGUUCCUGCUUCACCCCAAACAGCCCGAAGAGUUCCUGCCUCUUCCCUAACAGUCCAAAGAGUUCCUGUUUCACCUCUAACAGUCCAAAGAGUUCCUGUGUCCCCCCAAACAGCCCGAGAGGUUCCUGUCUAACCCCAAACAGCCCCAGGAGUUCCUGUCUAAAUUGCCCCAGGGGUUCCUGUCCAAACAUCCCCAGGAGUUCCUGUUCAAAUAGCCCCAGGAGUUCCUGUCUAUACUGCCCCAGGGGUUCCUGUCCAAACAUCCCCAGGAGUUCCUGUCCAAACAGCCCAAGGAGUUCCUGUCUAAACAGCCCCAGGGGUUCCUGUCCAAACAGCCCCAGAGGUUCCUUCAGCAGCCCGAUUGGUUCGUGGGUGUCGGUGUUCAGGGACAACAGGCGCCUGAGUGAGCGGGAGCUGCACGCGCUGUGCUGUGACGACGACGAUGAUGAUGAUGAUGAUGAAGAGGAGGAGGAGGUGGUGGAGGGCCGGAACAGUGGACUGCGCUCCUCCAGACUCUCCUCCACCGACUCCGUGUUCUCCUCCACCCCCCCUCCCCCUCCCCGCCUGUUACCGCUGGCGACGCUGACCCCCAGUCAGAGGAGGAGGACGCAGCGGAGCUGCUCUACGCAGACCGUCUCGGACAAGAGCACGCAGACCGCACACACACACACACACACACACACGCAGACCGCAUGGCCCUACGUCUCUCCCCAGCAGAGGAACUAACCCAGACCGCACACACACACACACACACACACACACACACACACACAAGCAGACCGCAUGGCCCUACAUCUCCCCAACAGAGGAACUAACCCAGACCGCACACACACACACACACACACACACACACACACACGCAGACCGCAUGGCCCUACGUCUCUCCCCAACAGAGGAACUAACGGCCUGGACAGGGCUCUGGUCAUCCACAGAGAGGAACUAACGGCGUGGACAGGGCUCUGGUCAUCCACAGAGAGGAACUAACGGCCUGGACAGGGCUCUGGUCAUCCACAGAGAGGAACUAACAGCCUGGACAGGGCUCUGGUCAUCCACAGAGAGGAACUAACAGCCUGGACAGGGCUCUGGUCAUCCACAGUGUGUCCAGUGCACCCUUACAGAAGUUAAAUGUUUGUGGCAGAUUUGCAGCAAACUUGUGGGUGAUUUAUGGGAAUCAAAUGAGUUCACUAGAAAAUAUCGCCAGAAGUUUGCCAAUGUUGAUGAACCUAAUUUGCAUACGACAUUGCUGCAAAUUUGCUGCAACAUUGCCAAAAGUUAACCGGAACUGUUUGCCAGAAACCUAAUUUGCAUGUGAAAAUACGACCUUGCCGCAAAUAUGCGCCAACUGUUCGCCAGAAACCUGACAUUUCUAUAAGGGACAGGAGUGCAGUGAGUGCAGCGACUAUUUCAUGUAAAACAUUCAUGGGCGACAAAAUGUAUGUGAUGUCU